AUUCGGCUCCACCCCCUCCCAGCGAGAAAUCCCCAAUUCCUUCGUCUUCUUCCUCGCGAGACGCACACAGCAGAGCAGAGAGCGAGAAGAUGUCCGGGCGCGGCAAGGGCGGCAAGGGGCUGGGCAAGGGCGGGGCGAAGCGGCACAGGAAGGUGCUGCGGGACAACAUCCAGGGGAUCACCAAGCCGGCGAUCCGGCGGCUAGCGCGGAGGGGCGGGGUGAAGCGCAUCUCCGGGCUCAUCUACGAGGAGACUCGCGGCGUGCUCAAGAUCUUCCUCGAGAACGUCAUCCGCGACGCAGUCACCUACACCGAGCACGCGCGCCGCAAGACCGUCACCGCCAUGGACGUCGUGUACGCGCUCAAGCGCCAGGGCCGCACCCUGUACGGCUUCGGCGGUUAGGCGAUAGCUAGCUAGGCUUCAAUGUGUCUAUCAGGUCGCUGGUCUGCGAAUGCUUGUGCCUGUGGUUUGAUUUAAUGCUUGUUAUGAGGAAAUGCUGCCUGGAUGUGUUUCUCUGUUCA